UAUUGUAGAUGAUGAAUGUACUUUUGCAAGUGAUCUUUUGAGGUACUGGAUUUGUUGAAGAAUUGGGAGUUUCGUGUUUUCUCUUUGUCAUUGUAACAAGUCAUGAGGGUACAUUUUGUACACGUUGAAGUAUUUUGGAUUGUUUCUGGCUAUUGCAACACACAGAAAGACAUUGCAGUUGUCAUGUUUUGAAGCGAUGUGACUAAACAAGACUUUGUACAACCUUGUUGUUUAGAUACUUUAUAAAAGGGCUUGGUUUAAGAAUCAAGGUGAACGGAACGUGAAAUGUUUCAAUGUGUUUAUUUUAUUAUUGUAGCCUUAUUUUGAUCACAAUCGCACUUUAAUAUUAAGAAGUUAUUUACACACUGUAGUAUAAUGGAAAAGGUGAAUUACAUUGUAUGCAAGCAUAAUCUCUUCCGCCUCCCUAUUCAUUGAAUCAAUAAAGGUAGUAACUGGGAAUUUGCACGGUAGUUUCCCUGAUCAAAAAAAAAACAACUUAGCGAGCGUUCCAACUUGUUAAAAAUAGCGUCGAAUAUGAAAACACGCUAGAAUGGCUAUAGAUUUCAUUUGGAAACCAUCUUCCAUUAAUUCUCAAACAACAUGCGUUUCCGCUUGGCUCUUACUGUGAUAGUGAUCUACACAAAUAUUGGACAUGCAUCAUGUCAAAACUACGCAAGCUGUGUACAUGAUAACAGGAAAACUUUACUGUGUGAAUGUAAAUAUUUUUCAAGCGGUUGGGUUUUCGUAAAUUGUACCAAACGUGGGCUUACAAACUUUCCUGCCGGUAUUCCUGAAAACGCAACACACCUGUAUCUUGAUAAUAACACCAUUACAGAUAUUGGCAGUGAUGCGCUGCUUCGACUUAAUCGCUUGCAAGAAAUAUCACUUAACUUCAACAAACUGACUCGCCUACCAAUGUUUCCGAAGCAUAUUCAUGUCAUAUCCGCUGAGUUUAACCUGCUACAAUCCAUCGAUGGAGCAUUUGCCAAUUUAACUCAACUCGAUAGAAUAUAUCUGAAAGGUAACCAAGUUAAGAAGCUGAGAAAGGAAACAUUCAGAGACGCCUACUUUCGAAUAAUUAAUAUGCAUAAAAACCCUCUGGAGUACAUUGAACCAUACACGUUUGAAGAUCUGUACCAUCUCAAUGAAAUACUGUUAGGGGACACGGCAAUAAGAGAAUUGAAGGAAAACGCAUUCUUUAUGUCUAGUCACGCGGCUUUGACCAUAGUGGUCAGCGGAAAAUUUUUAAGAAAUAUAUCUACAGGAACAUUUCGAAACAUACCGUCUGGCAGUAAAAUAUAUGUAUGGUGGUCUACCCUAACGACCAUUCCAGCAAGAGUCAUUAAUGGGGGCUAUCUAGAUAAGCUGACAUUUGAACACAACGUGAUUCAAGAUGUUCAUCCCGAUGCAUUUAUAGAGAUGGAAGGUGUUGACGAAUUGUGUCUAAAGGAUAACAGACUAACUGUGUUCCCUCCUGCCCUGUACAAUUUACGAAUCAGACGUACAAUGUACUUACAAUCGAAUUCCAUAUUUUCCCUUGGAAGUGGACCUAUUGUGAAAUACUCACCUCAAACUAUUGUCAUGCAUGAUAAUCGAAUCGAAAGUAUUUCAAGAGAUAAUUUCAGAGGUCUGAAAAAUCUGGAAAUGAUUAUGCUUUCUAGAAACAAAAUUUCAUAUAUUGAGGACGGAGCAUUUUACGGAACUGAUUUAAGAGUAAUGUUAGUAAUUCAUAUAUUAUAUUUGAUAAACUAUAUAAAAUAAGUUGUAUAAAACUAUUGUCAUAAAAUUUUAACUAUAUACAGUAUAUAUAUAUAUAUAUAUAUAUUAUAUAUACAUAUAUAUACACACACAUA